GAGCGCACAAAACAUUUUAACAAAACCGUGCAGCUUGUCCUUUGAGCUUCCCGUAGUAGGCAUAGAAUAAACAUGGCGGCGGCCUUGGUGAGGAAGGUCCCCGGCCUGUUGAGACCUCUGAUGACCUGCGCCAGGGCAGCCAAGAUUGGACAGUUUUCUACCCUAACGCGACCCCAGACAUCUCCGAUAUUUGCUGCCGCUACUAUCAGGGCUUCUCCGGCUCUUCAUUCAUGUCUCCCAACCCAAGGUGGCAUUUUGCAACGUGUCACACCUCUGCUUCCUAGUUUGGGUCUGCAGCCAUGCCGAACCCUGACCUACUUUGGGCUGCGUAAGGGAAAGAAGAAGACCGUGAGGUCCGUGGUGAAGCGGUUCCUGAGGCUCCAUUGUGGUCUCUGGGUCAGACGGCAGGCUGGAUACAAGAAGAAACUAUGGAAGAAGAUGCCUGCCAGACGGUACAGAUUGAGGCAGCAUGUGUUCUGUAACAAGACGCAGAGCAAGAUGCUGGAUAAAAUGACCGGUCCAUUCUGGAAGAGAAGAAACUGGUACCUUGAUGAUCCCUACUUUAAAUACCAUGAUCGUGUCAACCUGAAAGUAUAAAUCCUGUGUGUAUAUUGUCUUUGAUUAUGGUGUAAUAAAGUUAUUGUAUGAAAGAAGGAAAGAUUGUCUUCCAUACUUACGUAAACACUUGGUCAUGUCGUAUGGCAUCAGAGACAGAAUUAAAGUGUUUGAGUUAAAUGUUUUAACUUUUAUAUUUAAGUAUUAACUCCCCUGGUUAAGCUGUUUGUAUCCUCACAACAUGUGUUGGCUGGUCCAAGGUCAAAUAAACAGAUCACUCAAUCUCAUUAUUGAUCUUUUCUUAUC